AUGGCCACCCCGCCGCUCCCGCCCCCGCCACCGCCCCCGCCCCCGCCCCUCGCGCUCACAACCCUCCACGACCAGCUACUCACCCUCGAGCGCCAAAAGGCCUCCCUGACCGCGCAACUGCUCUCCCUCCGCGCCACGCACCCCCUCUCGAGCGCCUCGGCCCCGCCUGCCCCGCCCUCUUCCUCCUCCCCCGCCUCCACCACCUCCACCACUACCUCCUCCACCACAACCACUACAAGUACGCAAAAGACACAGGAGCCACUGACGGAUGCCGACCACCUCGCCGCCGUCUUCGCCUCCUCCACGGCCUCCGCCGCAGCAUCGAUCGCGCGCCUCCACCGCAUCGCCGGCAUCACCACAUUUACAGUCCGCGACCCCUCCCCGCCGCACAACACGCUGCUCGGCGUCAGGAUCGAGGUGUUCUGUAACCGGCAAUUCCACCCCCCCCACUACCUGCACAUCUCCCUCGCCCCCCCCGACCACGACCCCAAAGCCGCCCCCUACACCAUCCACCGCCACACCCUCCCACCCUUCAUCGCGCUGCCCACGCCGCUCCCCGCGCUGCCCACGCUCGCGCGCACCCUCCGGCGGCAACUGACGCUGCACGCGCGGCGCGUGGCGGCCGCCACGGCGCUGCGGGACGCCGCGCUGUCCGCCGGGCGCGUCGGCGAUGUGACGGAGGGCUGGGAGAACCGUGUUUUGGAUGUGGAGUGGGACGAGGGGGUGAGUGUGGUGGUGGUGCGCUGGGGGUGUGGCGUGGGGGGGUGGGUGUGUGUGGGUGAGGAUGGGGGUGUGGGACGGGUGGUGGUGGUGGGCAGGGCGGGGAGACGGUAUAGGGAGGUGGAGAGGAGGGUGAAGGGGGCGGGGCGGUUGGAGGGGGUUGCGGCGAGGUUGGGGUGGUGUUAG